AUGGCAGCCCCGAGAGUUGUUGUUGUAACCGGAGGCAACAACGGUAUCGGCUACGAGACGGUCAAGGCACUUCUGGAAUCCAACCAGCCAUAUCGUGUCCUCAUGGGCAGUCGCUCUCUGGAGAAGGCCGAGCUCGCGAUUGAGAAACUACACAAUGAGUGUCAUGGAUUAGUCAAUACGGUCGAGGCACUCCAAGUCGAUCUGAACAACGAUGCGUCAAUUGAGACGGCAUUCAAUCACGUCAGGACCAAGAUGGGACACAUUGAUGCACUCAUUAACAAUGCCGGAGCGACAUUUGAUCUCGCAUUUCUGGCUGGUGAGGUCUCUCUCCGUGAUUGUUUCAUGAAGGCCUACAACGUCAACGUUGCCGGUACAAACGUCCUGACUUGGACGUUCAUGCCUCUCUUACUCAAAUCUUCCGACCCUCGUUUGAUCUUCGUGACAGGUCUUUCCAACGUCACACAGGCAAGCAAAUCCUAUUUUCCCACGCCUCCCCAACCUGCUGGGUGGCCGAAGAAGAUCGCUUUUGAGACUAUCGGGUAUCGAUGCAGUAAGACGGCACUGAACAUGUUGAUGGUUGACUGGAAUCACAAGUUGAAAGCAGACGGAGUCAAGGUUUGGGCCGUUGGGCCAGGUUUCUUGGAAACUGACCUGGGGAAUGCUCGGCAUUUGGCAAAGGAAAUGGGCGCGAAGCAUCCCAGCGUCGGUGGACAAUUCAUCAGAAGUGUUGUGGAGGGAGCAAGAGAUGACGAUGUGGGAAAAAUCGUGGUGAAGGAUGGCAUUUCGGAUUUCUGA